CUAGAAACAAGUUCACCACCGUCCGCCGCCUGCAGACGGGGCUUUAUUACACAAUCAGCCACCAGAUCUCAUCGCCGUCGGCCGUCGCCGUCGCCGGAUGGACCCGAGCCGGCCGUUGCUGGGGCGGGGCGCCCUCAUCACCUCCUCCGCCCACGCCGCCGCCGCCCUCUUGCUCGUCGCCUUCCUCUUCCUCACCCUCCGCAACCUCCCCAUCUCCCUCUCCCCUCCCACCGCCGCCUUGACGCCCACCACGUCCCACCUGGAGCAGCAGGAUCAGGCCAGCUGCGACACCACCUCCACGCUCGACUGCGCCGACCCGCAGCUCUUCCACCUCAUGAUGCGCCGCGCCAUCGACGCCUUCCCCGACGUCCACUUCAACCGCUUCGGCCGCCCCGUCCCCGGCGACCCGCCGUCGUCCUCCUGCGACAUGGCCUGGCGCGCCCGAUCCACCGCCUCCGCCAACUACAAGGACUACCGCCGCUUCUCCGUCGCCCGCGACCCCGUCACCUGCGCCUACUCCGUUACCUCCAUCGGGGAAUACCACUCCGGCCCCCUCGCCCGCAAGCCCCGCCGCGGCGGGACCAACGCCACCGCCCCGCCGCCCCCACCCGCGCUCUCGCGCUCCCAGUUCGCCGCGGGCAAGUACCUCUCUUACCUUGGCGGCGGCGACCGGUGCAAGCCCAUGCCGCAUUAUCUUCGUAGUCUCCUCUGCUCCAUCGCCGAGGCCCGCUACCUCAACCGCACCCUCGUCCUCGAUCUCAGCGUCUGUCUCGCCGCCGCCUACGCCGGGGGCAUGCCCGAGGAGGGCAAGCGCCUCGCCUUCUAUAUUGACAUUGAGCACCUGCAAUCCGUGGUCGGGAUCGUUGAACACAAGCGGUUCUGGGAGGAUUGGGACAAGUGGGGAGCACAGGGUCAGCUUGGAGUCCGCAUCAUCGAGGACAGCAGGGUUGCGCCCACCAAGUUCUCCAAGUCGAGGGAUCCCCUGAUCGUUAGGAAAUUUGGGGACGUGGAGCCAGGGAAUUAUUGGUACAAUGUGUGCGAGGGCGAAGCUGAGCAUGUCCUCCGUCCACCGCAGGGAGCAAUACGCACGGCGCCAAGCUUGAUGGACAUUGUUGAUGGUAUCAUAUCAAGGAUGCAAGUAGAUUUUGACUCUGUUCAUGUUGGUGGCAAUGAUGGGAACCUCAGAAGAAGGAUUGAGGAGAGACUCAAUGGAGGAGGAAGGCAGGUGUAUGUUGCGGGAGAGGGCAUCAACGUGGUCUUGUUGGAUGCGCUGAAGGCAAAGUACAGCAGUGUGCAUUACCUAGAUGCGUUUGAGGAACUCUGGGCGAGAGAUAGCAAGUGGUUUCUGGAGAUGAAGAGGCUCAAUGGUGGAGUUCCUGUGGAGUUUGAUGGAUACAUGCGUGAGCUUGUUGACAGGGAGGUCUUCCUCAAGGGGAAGAAGAAGGUCGAAGUGCUCGUCUGAUCUACUCUCUGAGAUUAAGGUGUCGAAGAACAUGCACAUGCAACCCACUGCUGCUCAAGAGCACUAGUAAUGUGUAAAUCUUUUCCUUCACCAAAGGCGAUUCAGUCAAAAUCCCUUCCAAGGAAAUUUUGUUAACCUUCAGUUGUAAUACAUGUAGCUCAGUGUUACUUGAUAGCACUAUGUAUAUAUCUUUUCCUUAAAGAAGGGUGAUUCAGUAAAGAUCGCAUUUCCUUUGUUAA